GUGAAGUGGCUCUGGUCAACACAGGAAGACUCUAAAGGCGGCAGCAGCGGCAGAAUCAUCAGAUAUCUCAAUGUAACACGUUGAGGUUUAAGUCAAGCAGGAUGUUUCCCUGUCACGAUUAUGGAUGUCAUUCGUUAUUGCCGAUUAAAAUCACCUGCCUGGGCUGUUCUCAUCUCACUGCUUGGUGCAUCAGCUUUGGAGCCGCUUCCAGCUGUGGAUUUUUGCUCACCAAACCCGUGCCAAAACCAAGCCUUGUGCCAAAUCCGUGGGGAUGGCUACGCAUGCUUCUGCGUGCCGGGCUUCCAAGGUGCUCACUGUCAGAUUGAUGUCAAUGAAUGUGCUUCUCAGCCGUGCAUGAAGGGAGCCACCUGUGUGGACAGAGUUGGCCGCUACUCCUGUCUUUGUCCAUCUGGGUUCACUGGGGCCACUUGUGAGGUCCCGAUUGAUGAGUGUCAAUCACAGCCGUGUCUCAAUGCCGGCAGUUGCCACGGCGAUGCUGGUGGCUUCAUUUGCACCUGUCUACCCGGUUACCAAGGACACCGGUGUGAAAUCAACAUAGAUGAGUGCCAGGACGAGCCAUGCCAAAACGGAGCUCUGUGCAUAGACGGCGUGGACGAAUACAGCUGUGACUGCUCACACACUGCCUUCAUUGGCAAACACUGCGAAGGCCCAAAGCCACAGUGCGACUCUGAACCCUGCUUCAACAGCGCCAUCUGUAAGGACAGUCAGGGUAAUUACAUCUGUGAAUGCUGGCCAGGGUUUGAGGGACGUCUGUGUGAAAUAGACAUCAACGAGUGUGGCAGUAACCCAUGUUUAAACGGAGGCCGCUGCAUUGAGAGGUCAUGGCAGGUCCUUUUUGGAAGCGACCCUCUGCUGCCUGAACACUAUGACCCGCGGCACGCUGCAGGCUACAUCUGCAGCUGUCCUCCAGGAACAACAGGUUCCCUCUGCCAAGAAGUCAUAGACCACUGUGAUCCCAGCCCCUGUCACAAUGGGGGGAGGUGUGAGCAGCAUGAUGGGGGCUACAUCUGUCACUGUGUCAAAAAACGUAGAGACGGUUACCUUUAUGGAGGUGCAAACUGUGAUGUGAGGUUGGUGGGCUGUAACGGCCAUGAGUGCCAGAACCAGGGCUCCUGCUCUCCCUUCCUAUUGGAUGAGACUCACGGCUACACCUGUUCUUGCUCACCUGGAUACACCGGACCCCUGUGCAAGAACCCAACCACAUUCUCCUUUGAACGCAGUGGCUACCUGCUGCUACAGAGCCCCCUUGUGGAUACAGAGGUCUCAUCCAACAUCACCCUCAGCUUCAAGACGGCUCUGUCCAGUGCAAUGUUGUUCCAGCAGGGCAUCAGGGGGCUGCUGCUAAGCCUGGAGCUGCAAGAGGGGAGGCUUCAUCUCAUCCUGAGGAAGGAAGCUUCUGAUGGGGUCCAAGCAGAAAGUCGAAUCGGGGCUUUGGAGCUGUCACACAGAGUGACAGACGGAAAGUGGCACACUGUUGAGGCAGUACUCACAAACUGGGUACUGAGUCUCAGACUCUUGGAGGACGUUGCAAAAUGUGAGAGCCAGUCAUGUUACAAGGCGGCCCCAGUCCAGAGCACCAUGGCUGGCCUGGUGUCACCUCCUCAGAACACCUUCAUUGGAGGAGUACUCAAGGACUCACAAAGCACCGUCGAGGACUCCACACUUCCAGCAUUCAUUGGCUGCAUGCGGGAUGUUUUUGUGAACUGGCAACUGAUUGUCCCCGAGGAGUGGCUGAGUGACUCUGCUGUGAAUGUGUCCCCUGGUUGCAGCCAUCGGGACCGAUGCUUGGAUGUGCCUUGCCAAAACAAAGGGCAGUGUGUGAACUUGUGGCAGAGCUACCAGUGCCAGUGUCCAAGGCCUUAUGAGGGGCAGGACUGUGAAAAGGAACAUGUGACCGCUCGUUUUGGGAAUGAGGACUCCCUCAGCUAUGCCGCCUUCACUGUCACGGAUGACCCGGGUCACAACCUCUCAAUCUCUCUCUUCCUGCGCACACGGAGGCCCAACGGCCUCCUGCUGGCCGUGGCCAACAGCAGCAACAGCCAGUACCUGCACGUGUGGAUGGAGGACGGCGUGGUCACAGCUCAGCUCGGUGACUUUGAGAGCCUGAAAGGAGAGAGCGUGGUCAAUGACGGGGAAGUCCACUACGUGAAUGUCGAGGUGGCGAUGGGGCAAAUGACGUUGCACGUGGCGGCUGACCAACAAGCUGAGGCGGCGGUCAGUACAGUCGGCGUUCAGGCAGGAGACACUGUCUAUGUUGGAGGUCUGCUGGAGAGCGAUGCUACAGCAGUGUUUGGUGGAUAUUUUAAAGGAUGCAUCCAAGACCUGAGGAUAAACGACAGGAGGUUGCAGUUUUUUGGUUUGGAUACAUCGGUGAGAACAUUCCCUCUGCAACAUAUGGAGAAUGUGACUGCUGGCUGCACAGGGGACAAUACCUGCAGUAUGAACCCUUGUUUAAACGGAGGGAUGUGUUACGCCCUGUGGGACGACUUCAACUGCACCUGCCCACCCAGCACAGCAGGGCGGCGCUGUGAAGAGGUCAGGUGGUGCGACUUGUCUCCAUGCCCGACAUUGGCUGAGUGCAAGAUGCUGAACCAAGGAUAUGAAUGUUACUCCAAUGCCUCUUUCCUGAAUGACAGCACAACGCUAGUCUAUCGAGGAAAUGGUGACAUUUCCCGCAACAUUACUAACCUCUCUGUAAACCUGCGCACGCGGAAACGCAACGCCGCGAUCCUCCAUGCAGAGAAGGACUCUGCCUUUGUCACCCUCUCUGUCCAGGACGGUUUCCUCUUCAUGGAGCUUCAGAGUGCCACCAGAGAUAGCAAAGAGGAGGAGGAUGACAAGACAGGAGCGCCCACAGUGAGUCUCAGCAGCGUGAGGACUGUCAGUGAUGGCGAAUGGCACAGUGUCCACUUGUUCAUGACAGCACCGUGGGCUCACAUGUCUCAGUGGUCCUUGGUGCUGGAUGAUGAAGUAGAUGAAGCCAGCACCUCCACAGGUCUAGGGGGAAACUUGGACUUCCUCAGGCACGGAGUGGACAUCUUCCUGGGAGGUUUGGCUCCUGACACAGGGUGGUCACUAGCUGGGUGCCUGGGGACAGUGGAGCUGGGCGGCAUUGCCCUGCCUUAUUACAGCUCCUCUCAGGUGAACCUACCACGCUUGCAGGAGCACCAGUUCAUCCAGACAUCACUCAGGCCUGCGCUGGUGGGCUGCAGCGGGGCGCCCGUGUGUACUCCCAACCCGUGUCUCAAUGAAGGGCAGUGCCAGGACUUGUUCAACGCAUUCAACUGCAGCUGUGCUGAGGGCUGGGCAGGGAGGUACUGUAGCUUCUUCACUGACACGUGCGCCUCCAGUCCUUGUGUGCACGGCAACUGCAGCGUCAAUGGGCACACCUACCAGUGCACCUGCGAGCUGGGAUACACAGGAGUGGACUGCGAGCAGGAGGUGGACAUCUGUGAAAAUCACUUGUGUGAACACGGGGGGACCUGCCUGCAUGGACCUGACAGGUAUGCCUGUCUGUGCCCGGAGAACUACACAGGACCUCUCUGCAAUGAACGGGUUGAAGAAAUUCCUUGGUACAUUGUUGUCAGAAAAGUGCGGCCCAAGCUCCCUGUGUCUGUAUGUGGAGAUGAUGUGAAGAACUACACCUGCUUCAACGGAGGGAACUGCACGGAACGUGAGCUGUCAUGUGACUGCCCGCCUGGCUUCACUGGACACAGGUGUGAACAGGAGGUGGACGAGUGCAAGUCCAACCCUUGUCUGAACGGAGGCUACUGCCGCAACCUGGUCAACAAGUUCCUGUGCGUGUGCGACAUGAGCUACGCCGGCGACAUAUGCCAGACGGAUCUUCGUAAAUCCACCAAAACGUCGCAAUGGCGUUAUUGAGUCUGUUUAACCGAUUGGAGAGCGAACUUCCGCAGCGAGUGUGUCCAUGACGAUGACUUCUGUUUUGAUUGAUCAGCAGUGUUACAUACACUUUUUGGAAACAAUUAAAGUAUGUAAAUAAACAUUUACAGAUCAUUUCGCACCGGUAUAUAUUUGCAGCUUAUGGUUCGCUUCGGCUAAUAUAUGUAAAAAAAAAAAAAAAAAAUUCUAACAUUUGUUGGGUGCGGUCUAAGUACGCGCUUUAUAGCCUGGAAAAUACGGUAAUCACACUGGAACUGUUUAGAGGCAAACUUGCUUGCUGUAAGGGCUCUUUUUUUUGCAAAUAGCAACAUAGCCAACGCACCCACACAAGCACAAAAGAACAGAAGGUCAUCAACUCCAACCACUAUCUCACUCGCAGUGCUAUCACCACAAACACACAGUCAGGGUCUCCCACUGGGUGCCAUUUAUGCUAGAAUUGCCACUGUUUCACAAGUCUGCAGUAUUUAUUGAAAUAAAAUUUGUUUUAGUCUACAAAAUACAUACAGAGAAUCCUAACAUGCUGCCAGAGCCCCAGUGAUUUUAAGUGGGUGUGUUCUUAUUGGGGACACUGCCAAAAUGUCAUAAUGCAGUUUGAAAGCACUGGUCUUAACAUACAGUAAGGCCACCCGUUUUUGAUCUGGCUCUCUUUUUACAAGAUUGUGCACAACCAGAACUGAUGAGCUAUUGGGGUUGCAACAUUCUGGAAAUAUUCAAAAGUGGAAACGUUCCCUUGUUAAUGAACAAGAAUCCAUUGUUUACUUGAGCUGGGAAUCUUUGGCCACCUAUUGAUUACGAUUUGAUUCAAUUCUUUGGGGUAACGAUUCGAUUCAGAAUCGAUUCUAGAUUCAAAAUGAUUCUCGAUUCGAAAUCAAAAUGAUAACAUUGGUUGCCAGUUCUAUGAAUAACUACAUUCUGCCAUACAAUAGAUAAACAGCUCUGAUAUAUUUCUGUAUUACUUAAAAUAAAACUGGUUUUGAUUAAUAAAAAUCUACCCAAACAUUUAAUAAAGGUAAAUACAAGAGAAAUGUCCAAUAUUUAUCUUUUCUAAAGUAAAUGUGUACAGCAGAUAUUGGCAUCUACAUCAACUAUAUGAUUUGCCUGAGUGGCUGGACAUUACAAAUUAAAAAAGAAAAAUUAAAAUCGAUUUUAUAAUCGAUUAAUAUGUGUUACAAAUAAGAAUUGCAAUUAAUUGGCAAAUCUAUGUUUUGACACAACUGACAUGAAAGAAACGGAAGACUAAAAAAUUGUUCCAAAAUGUGUUUAAAGCAGCUAAAUCCAAUAUAAAUUAUUUAAAAGGUGUUGGAGUUUCAGAAUUUAAGUUAGACAAAGAGACCAAUUCAAGGUUCUGAUUACCGCACAAACAAUAUUACUUUUUUGCACAAUGUUGCACACAAAAAGUAGUAAUAUUGAGGCUCCACUACUUUAUUUGAUGAAGUGUACUACAUCCAGUCAAGUACAGUUUAAUGAUAACACCAUCGCCACAUCACACUGCUAAUGUUGCAGAUUCACCAUGUCGCAGAUUUUUUUUUUUUUUUUUUUUUAAAGCAUACUUUAGCAAAUGUUUGUCCCAAAUUAAGCAUUUUCAAGCAUAAAAAUGGCAAAAUUAACUAAAAAUAUCAAUAUUAAAAUGAGUAUUGGCCACUAGAGGAGGCCAAGCCAAUUAGAACAUGUUGUUCAGUAUCGUGACCACUGAUUGGGUCAGCCCCAGGCAGAAUUACUAUAAUGGAUUAGGGUGUUAUUUUAUGCUUAUGACUUUCAUAAUUUUGAAAAAUGGAUUUAGAACAGGUGUGUCCAAAGUGGGUCCCGGGGGCCAUUUGUUGGGGGGGAAAAAAACAAAACGGUAAAAAUGUAAGAAAAAAAAAGCAAAAAGACAAUGUAAUGAGAAAAAAGCAGGAAAUUUGAUACAACAUUUGAAAGGUCUUCAGUAAGUAUGCGGGGAUAUUUUGAUAUAUUUGUUUAAAAAUGCCACAAACAGACAUUGUAUAUCUAAACUUUGUAAGUGACAACUGGUAUUAUUAGUAUCAACAUUACGUUUUUUUUUUCGUUACAAUAUGUCUUUUUUCUUACAUUUUUACUGUUGUUUUUUCGUCCCCCUGGCCACACUUUGGACACCCAUGAAAAAUGAAUAAUAGUACACUUUGUCACCUAUUUUGCAAAGCUGACACUACCUUUUGUCUUUAAACCUAUGUAAUGUCUGUUUUCAGCAAAAAUUUUUUU